UCUUCUUCCCCUCACCUUCCUUUUGCUUCCAUUUGCUCUCGCCCCUGCUUGGCCUUUGCCUCCCACCCAAAGAUGGACGUUGUGAGUUCAAUAAUCUCCUCCUUGCUGGGGAAACUCGUGGAGAUUAUUAAACAUGGAUCAUCAGAUGAACAUGCGAGCCGCCAGGAAUCGAUGGGGCACAGUCUGAAACCUGAGCUACUUGAAAUAUCUGGAUCCACUUGGUUUAGAGAGGAUUGGAAAAUAUCUGGUCCCCGAAAAUAUGUGCUGCUACUGGCAACUUUGGUAAUAACCGUAACCUACCAAGCUGGUCUGAAUUCCCCAGGGGGAUAUUGGCCGGACACUGAAUCGGAACACAGCAGGUGCCAAGGAAGCAACAAGCUCAAAUAUGUACUUUUCUUAUGCACAAAUGCAACGCCAAAUAUCACGAGAAUCAUAUCACGAGAAUCUGUAUCUUCUUCUACUGAAACGCCAAAUACCAGGAGACAAGGAAGUAACAAGCUGAAAGAUGUACCGUGGAAGGGGAGUCGGACACUUUUCUCAUGCACGGCUGUAGUAGCAUUUUGGUAUACCUGGCAAAAUCUGCUUGAAGCCCAAGUGGGGAAUCGGACAAUUAUCACAGUCACGGUUAUAAUAUGUCUUGUGUGUACCAUUGUGAUUAUGUUUAAAGCCCAAGCGGAUCGCAACCUUGCAAGCGCCUCGAGAGACUCUGAAUUGCUUUCCGUGGCAAGUUAUAAGGAGACAAUUGAACCGGAAAAUACCAGUUGUUCCGAUUCCAUGGCUGCCUUUAUUGCCGUAGCUAAAAUCCCAGCUACUUGGCUUGUCGGGUCUGCCUCUACACACCAUGCCACAGGAAACCGUGCUCUCCUCUCUGGCUUCAAAAGUGUAGAUGGUCACAACAUCCAUACGGGUGAUGGCGUGCGCAUGCCGGUCUGUGGACGUGGCUGCGUGAUUACGGAUGCCGUGGUUCUUCCCGACGUGUUGUUCGUGCCGGGGCUGAAAAAGAACAUUGUCUCGGUAAGCCAGCUCACUCAGCUUGGCUGCAGCAUUGUAUUCAAGCGUGAUGCCUGCUACAUCUCGGGUGCCACUGAUGGUACUACUAUUGGCAAAGCGCUCGUCGGAGAAAAUGGGAUGUUCAAGCUGGAAUUCCUCAAAGUCCCGCUUGUCAACUAGCCUGCCUUGGCUCUUUUCUGAUUCUGGGAGCCCCAUUUACGGUAAAAAAUAUUUGUAAUUAUCUAGAUCUAAAUGAAUCUAUCAUUUAGAUUGUUUGUGUAUUUUACUAUUACAUCGUAUGAUAAUUUCCGCCUGUGAGGGAUGGAGUCCCUAUUAAGAAUAAAUACAUUCAUAUCCUCACGUUAUGCAGCUUCAAACUAUGUAAUCCUUUAUUUUGUGAGAUUCAAUCUAUGUAAUCCUGUUUGGUCAA